AUUCGCAAUGUAACUGUUGCCGCGAGCGCUUGUCUUUAUACGUUAGUUCGAUAGCGUUUUGAGCUUUUGAGCGUGUUUUGUGAUUCUACAAAUAAAUUGUUUUAAAAUUGUUAAGUUUCUUGUGUAAUAUUCAGUUUUAUUUAGAAUCUAAAAAAAUUAAGUGAAAUAUAAUAUAUGAUAAUAAUAAUAUAUUGAAAUUUAUUCAAACAGUAGUGCUUAGUGGCAGUAUGCAUACCAAUUUCCGAACAUUUCUAUAUUCACGUAUUAUUGAAUAAUAUAUUUAUAGUAAUAUAUUAUUGCGGCUUGGUUUUGUGCAGGAAACGGGAAAGUGAUAGCGCAGGCCAAUCAGCUAUCGCAGUUGAGUUAUAUAUUCAAAAGAGAAAAGUUCAUAAUUGGAAAUAAAAACACACUGCAGCAUCGAACGAUAACAAGAUGUCGCGUCGGCUAUAUAUUGCCGUGUUUGAAAUUCUACAAAUUGUCGCUUUGGUAUGCGCAGCAGGACAAUACUCAGUAAUCGGACCUGGCACGAUCCGCUCCAAUUUUAAAUAUAAUGUCGCUGUUUCAGUGCACAAGGCCGAAGGCCCAUCCAAAAUAGAAGUUAGCCUUAUGGGUCCCUCGUAUAAUGAGACUAAAACCGUAGAGCUACAGCCAAUGUCCACUGAAAAUGUUGAAUUUAAUGUGCCACAACUGCAGAGUGGUGAUUAUAGUCUGGUUGCCAAGGGUGUGUCUGGUCUUGUGUUCGAGAACUCAACAAAGUUAAAUUAUGCAGACUACAAGCCAGCCACGUUUAUACAAACAGAUAAAGCCACCUAUAAACCAGGUGACUUAGUGCAGUUCCGGGUACUAUUUUUGGAUGCCAAUACACGUCCAGCAAAAAUUGAGCAGCCCAUGUCGAUUCUGAUCAAUGAUGGCGCACGGAAUCGUAUUAAACAAUUCCAGGACGUCAAUUUGACCAAAGGUGUUUACACCGGCGAAUUUCAACUCUCCGAACAACCUGUGCUCGGCGAUUGGAAUAUCGAGGUUGUUGUCAAGGGUCAAUCAUCGGAAUCCAAAUCUUUUGAGGUGGCGAAAUAUGUCUUGCCUAAAUUUGAAGUGUCUAUUGAAACCGCCAAAGAUGUAGCCAUUCCUGAUGGCGUUAUUAAGGUGACCGUGCGCUCAAAGUAUACCUACGGUAAAUCUGUCGAAGGCGUGGCAACGGUAUCCAUCAAACCCAUAUAUCAUCAUUAUGGCAUGAAUAUUCAACCCGAGGCAUCCAAAAUGGUUUACGUCGAUGGCAAAGGACAUGUUGAGUUUGAUUUAGGUAAGGACUUAAGUAUCAGUGGUGACCGCACAUAUGUGCCGCCAUUGAAAGUGUUGGCUACUAUGAAGGAGAAACUCACUGGUAAUACACAAAAUGCCUCAGCAACUAUAAACUUACAUUCCGAACGCUAUCGCAUCGAAGGUGUUAACGUGCCGACCAACUAUCAACAUGGCAAACCAACCAAAAUUACCGUUGUUGUGAAGAAUGUGGAUGGCUCGCCAGUGUUUGAUACAAAGAAUAAAGCAAAACUGAUUGUGCAUCCCCCACGUGAUUAUAUGUUUAGAGAUUAUCUCUCCCCAGAUGAAACUACUCAAAAGCAAGAAGAUAAAGUUAUGGAAUUUGAGUCAAAUCUUGACGAGCACGGCAUGGCUACAUUUGAGUUUACUUUGGCCGAAACUGACCGAUACUAUACCGUAAAAUGUCAAUUCCUAGACACAACAACAUAUCUAAGCUCUAUCUCUAAAUUUAUACCUACACUCGAUAAACCGGAAUUGCUCAAAUUGUCGGUAAACACAGAAAAACCUCGUCUGGGCAAGCCCGUUGUAGUGGAGGUAACAUCGAGUGAAAAUAUCCCAUACUUUGUUUACACCAUUGUUGCACGUGGCAAUAUAUUGAAGAGUGAAUAUGUCGGUGUGCCGGAAGGACGGAAGUCGCAGACCAUAAAAUUUAUACCUACCUUCGAAAUGAUACCGAAAGCCAGUAUAUACGUGCAUUAUGUUUACGACAAUAAUUUGCGUUUCGAAGAGAAGUCAGUACGGUUUGAAAAACAAUUCGAAAAUACCAUCGACAUUAGUGCACAACCCCAAGCGAAACCUGGCGAGGAGGUACAGCUUCAUAUUAAAACAGAUCCUGAUUCAUUUGUCGGUUUACUCGGUGUUGAUCAGAGCGUGCUAUUACUCAAAUCGGGCAAUGAUAUAACAAAGGAUCAAAUAUUCAACACUUUAAGCAACUAUGAUGCUAAUACACCAUGGAUGCGGGGUUAUGGACGCUAUCCGGGACAAGAGUCCGGUGUGGUAACAAUGACAAAUGCUAAUUAUCCAUACAAGGAUGAACUUUUAUAUAUGGCAGAUUUCGAAUUAGAACCAGAAAUUCUAUUUGAUUCAGAAGAUGAAACAGACUCCAUAGAUCGUUUCGAUGCUAAUAGCGUGUCGACGCAAACAUCCGAGACCACUCACAACGUACGUAAAAAUUUCAAUGAUGUGUGGAUUUGGUACGAAAGUGGCUCACCGAAUGCCAUUGAACGUACGGAUGGUGGCAAUUUUACCUUGAGCAAGAAGAUACCCGACACCAUCACAUCAUGGGUUGUCACGGGCUUCUCACUAAAUCCCAACACUGGCAUUGCGCUCACGGCCGAUCCCACAAAAAUACAAGUAUUCCAGCCCUUCUUUGUCUCUACUAAUCUACCGUAUUCGGUUAAGCGCGGCGAAGUUAUUGCCAUACCCGUUAUAAUCUUCAAUUAUAUGGACAAAGCUUUGGAUGCAGAGAUAGUAAUGGAAAAUACGGAUAAUGAGUAUGACUUUACCGAAGCGACCAAUGAGAUUGAAGACAAGCCGUUAGAUGUGGUGCAACGCGUUAAACGUGUCUCAGUUGCAUCAAAUACCGGUCGCAGCAUUUCCUUUAUGAUACGUCCCAAAAAGAUUGGACAGAUCACAUUGAAAAUCACUGCCACUACACCACUGGCCGGUGAUGCCAUACACCAAAUGCUUAAAGUGGAACCGGAGGGUGUGACACAAUAUGAAAAUCGUGCCGUCUUCAUAAAUCUAAAAGAUAAAAAUGUAUACAAUGAGAAAUUAAAUGUAGAUGUGCCAGCCGAAGCUGUACCCGACUCAGAAUACAUAGAAUUUUCUGUAGUGGGUGAUUUGCUUGGGCCAACGUUGAAAAACCUGGACAAACUGGUGCGCAUGCCUUAUGGCUGUGGCGAACAAAAUAUGGUGAAUUUCGUGCCGAAUAUAUUAGUUUUGCAUUAUUUGAAAGCGAUCUCCAAGAGCAUGCCUGCAAUAACGGAAAAAGCAAAGAAGUUCCUCGAUAUUGGUUAUCAACGUGAAUUAACUUACAAACACGAUGAUGGUUCGUACAGCGCUUUUGGCAAAUCUGAUAAAUCAGGCAGCACUUGGCUGACGGCAUAUGUGAUGCGUUCGUUCCACCAAGCAGCAAAAUACACGGAUAUUGAUCCCAAAGUUAUUGUAGAGGGAUUGGACUUUUUAGCGUCGAAACAAGCAACAAAUGGUAGUUUCCCCGAAUAUGGAAAACUCUUCGAUUCGGCACAUCAGAAUGAGUUGGGUUUAACAGCGUUUGUUUUGUUGGCAUUCCUGGAAAAUGUGGAGCUCAUAGAAAAGUACAAACCUCAGGUCGACAAUGGUAUGAAAUAUCUAUUGGAUAACGUGGAUAAAACUGUUGAUCAAUACUCGCUCGCAAUUGCUGCAUUAGCACUACAAAUUGCCAAAAAUCCCGCAGCCGAUCAGGUGCUAACCAAACUACAAGGUCUCGCCAAGCAGGAGAGCGAUCGCAAGUGGUGGUCCAAGGUUGAUGCUCCGACUGAGGGUAGCAGCGCCAUAUGGCGUUGGCAGCCAAGUAGUAAUGAUGUAGAAAUUACAUCGUACAUACUUCUUGCCAUACUAGAUAAAGAUGGCGCCGAAAAUGCUUUGCCCGUUAUUAAGUGGUUGAUUUCACAACGCAACAGUAACGGUGGUUUUGCUUCUACGCAAGACACCGUGGUCGGGCUGCAGGCACUCAUAAGCUUUGCAGAGAAAACCGGCGCUGGCAGUGGUACUAUGGACAUUGAAUUUAUUUCAAGUGGCGGUGAGGAAAAUAAGGGUGCCAUUGUGGUAAACGCAGAAAAUUCGCUGGUGCUGCAAACACAUGUGCUACCGAAAACAACACGCCAGGUUGAUUUCAACGCCAAGGGUAAUGGCUCAUCUAUGGUGCAAUUAUCAUACCGUUAUAAUUUGGCAGAAAAGGAUAAAGCACCAAGCUUUCAGGUGACAACAAAUGUCAAGGAAGAUCAAAACUUAUUAAUUAUGGACGUAUGUGCGGAAUAUGUGCCCGAGGAUGCAGCCGAACAAAAAGAAUCCAAUAUGGCUGUAAUGGAGAUAGCGCUACCAUCCGGCUACACUGCGGAAACUGAAGCUUUUAGCGCUAUUGAAGCGGUGGACCACGUUAAACGUACCGAAACGAAAAACUCUGAUUCGACGGUAAUUGUCUACUUUGAUGGUUUGAAACCGGCCGAUAGUAAGUGUGUGCCUGUUAAAGCAUCCAAAACACAUGCGGUGGCCAAACAAAAGCCCGCAGCGGUCACCAUCUAUGAUUAUUACCAAACAAAUCGUCGUGCCACCGAAUAUUAUCAGGUUAAUUCAUCGCUAUGUGAUAUUUGCGAGGGCGAGGAUUGUGGUGCAUCGUGUCAAAAAUUAAAAGAAAGUAAUAUUUAAUAUGCAUUAACUUGCCUCAAGCAAUUCACUCUAAAAGCAUCAAAAUUGUAAUUUAAAUUAGAAAGUAAUAUUUAAUAUGCAUUAACUUGCCUCAAGCAAUUCACUCUAAAAGCAUCAAAAUUGUAAUUUAAAUUAAUGUCAGUGGUAAAUUCCUAUAUCGGAAAUAUGUAUAUUUGUGAAAAUUGAUGAUACCUAUGCGCGUAUGUAUAUUUGUGUACAAAAAUAUCAAAAUUGAGUAACUAAAUAAAUUUGUUAAAAUGUCAAGUGUAUAAUAUUUAUAAAACACAAACUAACACUUUCCCAAAAUAAAACUAAAAUGAUGAAUAUGAUACCUUAAUA